AUGUGUAGCCUUUGGGUUGUAUUAGCUUUUUGCUGCCUGGGACAGCUGCGUGCAGCUCAAAGCCUGAAGCCUCAGAUUGCAUCCCAUCAACUUGCUACAAACAAUCCCACUCUCACUACAAUUUCUCUAGAGAAACCCUUCUGUAUGUUUGACAGCUCACUGCAUCCAAAUAAAUCUUAUGUCAUCUACUUGUACACGAUGAAGGAAUCAGCGAAUGCAAUAAGCUCCCUGGUGACCGACAACAGUGGCAAACCACUCAACAGCACCUUCCAACAAACAAGCGGGGGGCAGCUCGGACCUUACAAGACUGCGCUAUUCCAUGUACCCAGCUGUGCAUCACCUCCCAAACUUGCGGAUGUAAGAGAUGUCAACAAAGUUUCUGAUGUCCUGAAACAAUACCUCUUCAGAGUCGGGGAUGAUGGUACUUGUUUGUAUGAUCCAAACUUCCUAGGUGUCUGCAAUCCACCUCUUUCAGCAAAUGCAACAUACAGGUUUAAAUAUGUGUUGCUAGAUAGCACUGAUGGUACCAUGAAAGACCAAACUCUCUGGUCUGAUCCAAUCAAAACCAGAAAAGUUAAACUUCCCUUGAAAAUUGAUACCUGGCCCGGUCGAAGGAGUGGAGACAUGAUUGUCAUUACAUCAAUCCUAAGUGUUCUUAUGUUCCUUCUACUUGCUGGCUUUCUUGUUUCUGUGUCCUCUGUUGUCAUGAGAUCAGAAGAUUCUUCUGCAGAGACAAGAUGCAUGUCUCAGACUACUCAACAAAGUGAACAGAGACCACAGUCAAACUCUGAGUGA